AUGGACGACUCGUCGCCCUCGUACAAGCGGCAUUUCGGCGCGCGCCCCUCUUCCUUUUCCUCGGGCCUCGCUUCACCCUCCUCCUCCUCUGCAACGACGACGAGGGAGAGGGGCGACGUGUCCGAGGAGACGCGGCUGAAGCUCCAGAACAUCGGCUGGCGGGUCCGCGCCCAGGUCGGAAACGGGUACCGACAUACCCGUAGUGCCGCCGCUGUCGUCCUCGGUCCUCCUGCUUGUUCCUCGACCGAGCUGCACGAGGAUGGCAAGAGGGGUCCUAUGCGUCCCAUCUCGAGCUGGAGGGUCAAUGUCAAGCGCGAACGAGACGACGCUCGAACCGAUAGCUUCGCAUCCGAGGCGAGCACAUCCACCGCCCUCUCCUCCUCCUCGUCGUCGACGGCGUCUGGCUCGUGUCGGACCUUUUCAGACGUCUCGUACACCUCCAACUCGUUUUCGCGCAGCGACUCGUCCACUCCUGCGGAUCAGGGUGGCAGCGGUGCGGAUAUGGAUGUCGACGACGACGAGCAUGGCACCGCUUCCUUUCCCCCACCUCCGCCUCCUUCGCAGCAGCACCAGACGACAUUGAGGGACCGACCGAUCCGCUCACUGCCACCGCGCACCAUGACACGGCAGACCAAGUCGCUCCCCGCUUCGGCCCACCUCGCAUCCUACCUCUCCUCGGCCCCCGUUCCAGCACCGCCAUCGUCGCUCAGCGCCCUCACUCCCCUCUCGCCCUUUGACGACGACGACGACGACGACGAUCCAGCACCGGCACGGCUACACCAACCCCAACCCACCUCGCCCGCCCGCGCCCUCCCGCCCUCGUGGGCGCGCUGCGGAAGCCUCGAACAGGGAAAGGACGGCACCGAAAUGUGCGGCAGCGAAGAGUGGAAGCACGUCGACUUUUCCUCGUGGGCCAGCCGCGAAGAGUUCUAG